UCAUCCUUAAAGCUUGUGCUGUUGCUAAACUGCAGUUGGAUAGAUGCUGCAAAGUUCCUCACUGGAGCAUCAGCCGUUGGGAGCUUAGCGAUUCCUAUCAUCCUUAGACAUGCCAAUAUGAUUGAAACAGGCGCAAUGUUCAUCGAGUUCACGUCCUUCUUCAUCUUUGUAUGCACAGUCAUGUGUUUUCAUCGAGCUAGCUUGGAGGACGACGGAGUAAGAAUGUAA